GUUAGCGCUCUUAGAAACCACUUGGUAACCUUCUGUCACUAGCGCCUUUAAUAACUGGUUUAGGGCUGCAGUCAUCGUAGCUACUGCGAGUUCACUACCGUUUGCCAGCCUUCAAUUUUAACAUUUUUGCAAAUGCAUAUCAGCCUUACGUGUCCGAAGGGGGGCGGCGUAUCCACACGGUCAAGCCCGUCGCGCCCGAUGGCAGCCCCUAUGGGGGCUCACCCACCAUCCUCCAUUCCGGCCUCGCGACCAGCCCCCAGCGCCCCCACAGCCUCCGCCACCCCACCCGGCGUCGCCACCUUUCCAACCCCAGCUUCAUCUCCCACAAUUGCUACUACCCACAGCAACAACACCAUCCCCAGCACCCAACCAACUGCAGCAACAGCAGCCAUGCCCAUUGACUUCCUGUCCGUGCGCGGGGUGCUGUUCGAUGUUGAUGGUACCCUGGUCGAAUCCGACCCGCUGCACUUCAAAGCCUUCCAGGAAAUCCUGGUCGAGCUGGGAUUCCAAGGCGGUCGGCCCAUCGACCUUCCCUUCUUCCGCGCGCACAUAAGCGGCCGACACAACCCGGAGAUAGCUGCGGAUCUGUUCCCGGAGUGGGAGGAGGGCAGGCGGGUGGCGUUCUAUGAGGACAAGGAGGAGCGCUUCCGGCGGUUGGCAGCGGGGGAACUGGAGCCGCUAGAGGGUCUCCGGGAGUUCAUGCGGUGGCUGAGGGCCCGGGGGGUGGCCACCGCCGCGGUCACCAAUGCACCCAGGGCCAACGCGGAGAUGAUGAUACGGGCAAUCGGGCUGGAGGGGGGCUUCCAGCACCUGGUAUUGGGUGAGGAGUGUGUUCGUGCCAAGCCGCAUCCCGACCCCUAC